AUGUUCCCACGCCACCCCAACCAUCAGAACCCACCGCACCUUGCCGUCACCACCACCCCAUCCCCUUGGCUCCCUCCGUCAGCCCCAGCCCUACUUGUUGUUCGCGCCCAUGAUUUCUACGCCAAACCUGACCAGGCGUCGGCAUUGUUAGGAGGGCCAAACCCCUUGCCUAGCCUGCGUCAACUUGACCUGCUUCCCCGGUGUCUCAAGUUGACGCCCCCUGGCCCAGGCGUCAUGUGGUCAAUGCAGGUUGGCGCCAACCUGAACAAACGUAUGGCGUGGGGCCUGUACGUCAAUUGA